UUGAAUGCUCUACGAGACUGCUGACAAAAAAUUUAACGCAGUGAGAUUCUCUGCAUCAAAAAGAGACAUAACCCUUGGGAUAGAAAUGCAUUAUCCGAUCGACAGUGUCUUGAAAAUAUACUACAGUAUACUUGGUGCGAUUGGAAUACCAGUCAAUUUAGUGGCGAUAUUGGUCCUGUCUCGUGGAAAAUGUGGCCUUUCUCCUUGCACCACUCGCUACCUGUUGGCUAUGGCAAUGGCGGAUCUAUUAUUUAUUAUCACAGAGGUCAUACUAUGGCGAAUCGCUUAUUACUAUUUCCCAUCAUCUUUCUUUCUCAUUACACCUGUGUGUAGUGUUAUCUAUGCUCUGCGUUGUGCAAGCAUGGACUGUUCAGUCUGGUUCACCGUUAAUUUCACCUUUGAUCGAUUUGUGGCUGUUUGUUGUCAGGGCUUAAGGGCAAAAUAUUGCACAGAGAGAACAGCAGCUGUGGUUUUAGCAACAACAGAACUCUCCACGUCUCCUGGUGAAUCUCUACCACAAAUUUGGCGCUGCGAGCAGGGUCGUGAAGAGACCUACCUGAAGAGGGGCGGCAGCGGUGGGCUGCUUCUCGAUCCGCUGGGGGCACUCCUGAGACUGGCUGAAUAA